AUGGGGGAGUCGGAAGUAGAACGCAGGAACGUUUGCACUGGGCCAUCAGUGGCCGAAUCUGGCACUGAGGCUGGUCCGACAGGACUCUACCAGCGUGCUUACAAAUAUAAAGCAGUUUACUCUAGUGAUGAAUCGAUGACGGUCAAUAUUUGUUUAAAAGAAGACUUGUUCGAACGGUAUGACACGGGUAAGCUUACCCGGGUACCCACCCGGGCACCACCCGCCGCAGGUGAAUUGACGGGUACAUGCUUCGAUCUGAAUAGUGCAACAACGGGACACCCCUGCAACGGAUGUCACUAUCAUGACGGUGACCUAUUCCUUGCCAGCGAGUCCAGGAGAAAGCAUCCAGAAAUACGCGAGGCAGCGGAGAAGUCGCUUGCGAUACUUAGGUCCUCUCCAGAACAAGCGACAGCAUCUUUGGCCUCUGACAGCGCACAGUCGGAUGAUCUUCUUCGUCCAGUGUUCAUGGGAUGCGCGGCCAAGAACGCGAAAGUCGUGGCCAUCUCUUUGGGGUCACUGCAGCGGUUGAUAGCUCUCAAGGCUGUACCGCAGUCUGCUGUCGCACUCACCGUAAGCACGAUGAACGAUGCCACGAGCCAAGGCGUAGACUUUCAACUUCGCAUCCUACAAACCUUAGUCCCCCUGAUCACCAACUUUCCUUCGAUACACGGAGAGCUGCUGGGAAAGGAUCGUCAAGAGAGCAACGGUACUCCGGAAUUGUCUGAGGCGACGCUUCCGGACGGUAGCACCAAAGCGUUAGGGCUUUGUGCCAAAGAUGCAUUCUCUGUCUUCGCAGAUCUCUGUCUCCUCGCAAAUUCAGAGAAACCCAAUUUCUUGAAGCUCGACUACCUUCGCCCUGGACAGUUCUCAUUCGAGCUAGAGACGAAAGCUGAAGUAUUCCUAAUGCGUCUCAUAAGAAUGAUCUCAGAAGAUUCCGACGCGUCGAAUCCGGACCAUUCUGGCUCACGUCCAAUAUGGACAAGGGUCCUUGCGAUGGAGAUAAUGAGAGGGGUAUGCAGCGAUGCUGAGCUUGUUCGAAACAUAUGUGAUCGCUAUGAUGCGCAGCAGCCGGGCUCUAAGGUCUUCAGCUCUCUCAUAGUUGCAUUGAGAUACCUUGUUACUGAUAAUCCUGCUCUACUUGGAGUGAGCGCGCAUAUGAUGCUGACGGGUCACAGCAUGACUGCUGAGGGUGAUGGAGCAAUUUCCUUGGCUGACAGCAAGUUUGUUGAGAACGUCAGGAAAGUAUUUCUGGGGAGAGCGAAAUGGCGUUAUCAAGGUCGGAGCCUCCUGCUAGAAUCUAUUCUGAAGGUCGAUAGCAACCCCGUUGAGAAACCCGGAUCCGAGUCGAAGGCUGGCGCAGGAUGA